GGGAUAGCGUUGUUUGGACCAGGAAUCGCCAUAGAAACAGUGACAAACUUCCCUAUGUGGGCAUCUGUUUUGGUCGUUGCCUUCUCUGCGAUUAUAUACACCGCAAUGGGUGGACUUCGAGCGGUGGUAUGGACAGAUGUUUUUCAAUUCGCUGUCAUGUUCGUUGGCUUUUUCAGUAUUAUCAUAAAGACAACCCUUGACGUCGGUGGACUCAAAACAAUAUUCGAAAAUGCCAAUGCUGGGAUGCGUCUUCAAAUGCCCAGCUUCGAUCCGGAUCCGACUAUCCGUAACACUUUUUGGUCAUUAGUUGUCGGAUCCUCUAUAUCCCUGACCUACGUGCUUACCACCCAAACAACUGUCCAGAGGAUCUGUUCAAUCCCUACCAAACGGGAUGCGUGCAAGUUGAUGAUUAUUUCUACUAUAUCGACCGUUCUGAAUUUCCUCCUGUCCUGUUUUCUUGGAAUAUGUGCUUAUGCUUAUUUCUACAAGAAACGAUGUGAUCCAUUGGCAUCCAAAGAGAUUGAAAAUCCAAACCAGCUUCUUCCUUAUUUGGUGGUGGUCCUGUUCCGUGAUCUGCCCGGUAUGGCCGGAGUGUUUAUAGCAGCUUUGUUUAGUGCGUCACUAAGUACAAUUUCAUCAUUACUCAGUAGUCUGUCUGCACAAACUAUAGAGGACAUCGUAAAACCUCUGGUGAAGGACAUUUCCGAGGCAAGAGCUACCGCCAUUGCUAAAAUAUCCGUCUUUGUCUACGGAUUGAUAGGGAUAGCGAUAUCUUUUAUGAUUGCAAAUAUCGAAGGACCACUAGGCCAGAUUACCUUCAGUAUGCUGUCGAGUUUCGGUGGAGCUGCCGCCGGAAUGUUCUUUUUUGCUGCAUUUUGUCCAUGGGCUAACUCAAAAGGAACAGUUGUUGGUGGAAUUACAGGGAUGGCUUUAGUACUUUGGAUUGCUUUAGGUCAAAGCUUCUCUACAACUUUGGUGAAAUCAACGACCUUACCGUCAGCUCCUGUCGACAUGUGCCGAAAUAAUAUAUCUUUAAACACUUCAUAUGUGACAUCAUUAGCACUUGUGCACAACAUUACCAGUUACAGAACAACUCCGUCCUCGAUAGAACCCACAGUGAAUCGUGGACUGGACAUUCUUUAUUCCAUUUCGUAUUUCUGGCUGUCACCUUUGAGUAUAAUGACGACCAUCCUCGUGGGGACCAUCGUGUCUUUUAUGACAGGUAAACAUGGCUCAACAGAAGUAGACGUGAGAUACAUGUUGCCAUUCUUUGAUAAUUGUUGCCCAUGGUUACCGGACCGAUUGAAGAAACUUUUGUAUUGUGGCGCGGACUUCAAAAAGAGACCACAAUUGUUGGCGAUGAUUGACAGUGAUACCGGAAAUGAAGAGCUAACCAGUAAACUGCGCGAAUGCGUUCUUAGUAACGAGGGAGACAAUGCUCCUGACACAACACUGAUCUAA